AUGGCCACCUCAAUGGCAUCCGCGCCUGUCGAUGAAGACUCGAAAAUUGAACUCUACAAAGAUGCGCUCUACGACGCCUGCCGCGCCAGCGGCACAGAUCAGAGGCUCUUUUCUCAGCAAGAGCUUCUCGACCUUGGGGCCAUCCCCGCCAACGACCUUAUGAUUCUCAAGUCGGUACUGCAGCGACUUAACGAUGAGCGGUUAUUAAUCUCGUGCCAAGGGCCCAACGGCCUGGCCUUCAAAUGGCGAGAGCAGUCUGAAGCUGAGAAGUACAAGAAGUGUGGUGACCAGGAGCAGGCGAUGGUCUACUCCGUGAUUGACGAUGCAGGCAGUGAUGGCAUCUGGUCGCAGACAAUCAUAAGGAGAUUGCAGAUGCACGAAAAUGUCUUUAAGGCGGCCAUUAAGCAUCUCAUCCAGAAGAAGCUCGUCACUCCCUUCAAAAGCGUCGAGCAUCCUAAUAAGAAGAUGUACAUCAAGGCCUCUCUUCGCCCCUCAGAGAAAGCCACCGGAGGCCCAUGGUUCACAGAUCAGAAUCUCGACGAGGCCUUCAUCGACGCCCUACAGGCUGUCAUUUACGAUUUCAUUAAACGACAGAGCACCUAUCGUAAAGGAUCCGGUGUGCAUCGUCAGCAGCCCAGGAAAGGAACAAUUCGAGGAAGCGCCGAGAAGGUGAAGAAGCGCACAGCAGACCAAAUGAGCACCGAUGACCCAUCCACUACUAACACGAAACCUCCCGCUCCUGCCCCCAACGCGGCGAGGGAAAAAGAAAUCCUUCUCCCAAUGCCCGCGGGCUAUCUCGACUACCCCACCGUCAGCGAUAUCGCCAAGAUCCUCUCCAAAACGAACAUUACCAAGACCGUCCUAAGCGAGGAGGACGUGCAAAAGCUAGUCGACGUCCUCAUUGCCGAUGACCUCGUCGAAGAGGCCUUCGUCACGGGGAGGAAAGGUUACCGCAUCGUCCGCCCCACGCAGCAGAGUCUCGAAGGCUGGGCUGUAAAACAGGGAACCGCGGGUGAGGACAUCGAGGCCGGUCCAGAUAUGUACCGGAGUGGCUUCAGUCGCAUUCCCUGUGGCAACUGUCCCGUCUUUGACUUGUGCGAGCCCGGAGGACCUGUUGCGCCGAGUAAUUACCACAAUGCUCUCCCCGGAGGCACAUCAGGCAAGGCCAUGGGAUAG